GCAGCAGUAGAAAGAAGAAAAGGGUAAAUCUUUUGAUAUCUAGAAUACCCCGCUAAGUUGCCAAUGACAUCGUUUGUGGCCGCCGCAAGAUCAGCUCUCCAAUCAAGUUUUGAUCGCUGCGCUGCAGCUGGGCUCGCCCCAAAAUCCAGAGCUGCACCAUCGCCGUUUCGUGUCUCCUCAAGGAUUCCUCUCUCCAACUGCAUUUUCAGGUGUCCGGUUGAACCAAGCACCGGCUUGCAAUCGGUGCUGCCGAAUCAUUCUGCGACUGCUUCGGGUUUGACGAGUUCGAUGCUCACUGUUUCUCGCCGCGGCUAUGCUUCACUCUCGGAAGGCAAGAUGUCGGACAAGCGGAAUCUCCGAGAUCACAAGCGUAGAUUGCUCGCAGCUAAAUAUGAAUUGAGACGAAAGCUUUAUAAAGCCCUUUGUAAAGAUCCCAAUCUUCCUAGUGAAAUGCGGGACAAACAUCGUUAUAAGUUGUCCAAGUUGCCAAGAAAUAGUUCCUUUGCACGAGUAAGAAACCGGUGUAUUUUCACGGGUCGCCCUCGUUCCGUUUAUUCGUUCUUUCGAAUGUCUCGUAUUGUGUUUCGUGGAUUAGCUAAUGAAGGUUCUUUGAUGGGGAUAAAGAAAGCAUCUUGGUAGAAAACACCUAACCAAUAGAACAAGGGUUAGCUGGCGCCAAAGAAAUCACUGGACUUAUUUAUUUGUUUUCUAGCUUCUUAGACUAGACAUGUUAUGCUUUUUACUGCUAAGAAGUGAUUGAAUACAACAUAAAUGGAGGAUUAAUGCUUAUUUUGUGGUUUCUCUCCAGUCUUUUAAGGCUUUAAGUUGAAUGCAUUUUGUUUUCCUCUACCUGCUUUAUUGGUUUCUAUAAGAAGCUCUUCGG